AUGUCUGCUGAAGCCGCUUCGACGCAGCCUGCUGCUACCAACCCUCCUGCCGAGUCGGCCCCGGUGACCGAGACCCCGGCCGCGGCGCCUGCGGCCGCCGAGGCUCCUGCAGAGGAGAAGCCUGCUGAGAAGAAGGAGGAUGAGAAGCCCAAGGCCAGCCAGGGCUCGGUGAACACCUCGCUCUACGUGGGUGAGCUGGACCCGAAUGUGAACGAGGCCAUCCUGUUCGAGAUCUUCAACAUGGUCGGCCCCGUGAGCAGCAUCCGUGUGUGCCGUGAUGCGGUGACUCGUCGCUCGCUGGGCUACGCGUACGUGAACUUUUUGAAUGCGGAGGACAGUGAGCGUGCGCUGGAGCAGCUGAACUACACGCCGAUCCGCGGCCGCCCGUGCCGUAUCAUGUGGUCGCAGCGUGACCCCGGUCAGCGCCGUGCGGGCCAGGGCAAUAUCUUCAUCAAGAACCUGGACGAGGCCAUCGACAACAAGGCGCUGCACGACACCUUCGCGGCCUUCGGCAAGAUUUUGUCGUGCAAGGUGGCGUCGAACGAGCAGGGCAGUCUUGGCUACGGCUUCGUGCACUACGAGUCGAAGGAGGCGGCUGAGGCGGCGAUCAAGCACGUCAACGGCAUGCUUCUGAACGACAAGAAGGUGUACGUGGGCCACCACAUCUCGAAGAAGGACCGCCAGGCCAAGAUCGAGGAGGCGCGUGCGCAGUACACGAACGUGUACGUGAAGAACCUCGACCCUGCUGUGACGCAGGAGGAGUUUGAGAAGCUCUUUGACAAGUACGGCACGAUCACCUCGGCUGCCCUGGCCACCGACGAGGAGGGCAAGAGCCGUGGCUUUGGCUUUGUCAACUUUGCCGAGCACGCGCAGGCGGCGAAGGCGGUCGAGGAGCUCAACGACACGGAGUUCCACGGCCAGAAGCUGUUCCUGGGUCGUGCACAGAAGAAGUCGGAGCGUGAGGAGGAGCUGCGCAAGGCGUACGAGGCGGCGAAGAACGAAAAGCUGUCCAAGUACCAGGGCGUGAACCUGUACAUCAAGAACCUGCCGGAGGAGUUUGACGACGAGCGCCUCCAGGAAGAGUUUGCGCCGUUUGGCACCACGACGUCGGCCAAGGUGAUGCGCACGCCCACCGGCGCGUCGCGCGGCUUUGGCUUUGUGUGCUACUCGGCGCCCGAGGAGGCGAACAAGGCCGUGGCGGAGAUGAACGGCAAGAUGAUCGAAAACCGUCCGCUGUACGUGGCGCUCGCGCAGCGCAAGGACGUGCGCCACCAGCAGCUCGCCGCGCAGAUGAUGCAGCACAACCAGCUGCGUCUGCAGCAGCAGCAGGCUGCCGCUGCCGCCGCUGCGCAGAUGUACCCCGGCGCCCCCGGCAUGUACUACCCCCAGCCGCCCGCGCAGUUCCCCGGCCAGGUGCGUCCGCAGUACCCGCCGGGCAUGAUGCAGGGCAUGCCCCCGAUGGCUGGCGCGCCGGGCGCGCCGUACCCCGGCCAGUUCCCCGCGGGCGGCAUGUUCCCGCAGGGCUACCGCCCGCCGCGCCCGCCGCGUGGCGCUGCGCCCACUGCUGGUGCGGCCCCCGCUGGCGUGCAGCGUGGCCAGGGUGCGCCGGUGCCCGUCGCGGUGCCUGCGCAGCCCGAGGCGCUCACCGCCGCAGCGCUCGCGAAUGCGUCGCCGGAGGAGCAGAAGCAGAUGCUUGGUGAGGCGAUCUACCCCAAGAUUGCUGCGUCGCAGCCGCAGCUCGCUGGUAAGCUGACGGGUAUGAUUCUCGAGCUGCCGGUCGGCGAGCUGCUGCAUCUGCUCGAGGACGACGAGGCUCUGAGCAGCAAGGUUGACGAGGCGCUGACGGUGCUUCGCGAGUACGAGAGCCGCGAGGGCGCCGAGGCGACGGCCUAG